AUGCCUAGUGUCACCACUACUGCACCGUUCCCGGACGACGUCGCUACUGCCCCUCUACUGGUCAUUGACUAUGCCCUCAUCAAGAUGGGGGACAGAGCCGAGAUCGAUCAUCUAUGGGUAGCAGCGACGAAGCUGGGUUUCUGGUAUUUGAAGAACCACGGAGUCGAAGAGGAAGUCAACCGAAUGUUCGAUAUGGGCGCUGAAACACUGGGCCUUUCUCUGUCGGAGAAAUUGAAGUAUGAGCAGGGAGACAACGGUGAUUCCUUCGGAUACAAGGCACGAGGCACAAUCGCGACAGACGUCGAUGGCACCCGUGAUAACGUCGAAUUCUUGAACAUCGCACAGGACGACGCGCUCUCCUGGCCACGGCCGAUAUAUCGCACAUAUCCGGCUACAGUCAACACCCGCAUGACAGGCACCAUUACGCCCUUCGUGCGGAAGUCGAUGGAGGUUAACAACACGCUGCUUGCUGUUUUCGAGAGGCAGCUCGGUUUGCCGCGCGGUGAGAUUGCCAAGCUACAUUCCACCGCCGAACCCUGCGGCAGCGAAGCUCGGUGCAUUAAGACUCCGCCGAACCAGACGACAACCGGUGUCGGUGCACACACCGACUUCGGCACAAUCACGUUCCUGCACAAUCGUUUGGGAGGCCUGCAAGUCUUGCCGCCAGAUUCACAGAAAUGGUUGUACAUCAAGCCUCUGGCCGACCAUGCUGUGUGCAAUGUUGGAGAUGCACUAGCGAUAUUCAGCGCUGGAAUCCUGCGGUCAAAUAUCCAUCGCGUCAUGCCACCUCCAGGAGCCCAAUCACAGUUCGAGAGAUACUCUAUCAGCUUCUUCACUCGACCAAGGAAUUCGGUGGUACUCCGCGCAUUGGCCGAUAAGAGCGAGACAAUAGCAAACGCUGUCGCGAGAGCGCCACCAGAAGGAUAUGAUACCGGAUCAACGUCAGCAGAGUGGAUUUCCAGGAGAAUCAGAAAGCUCAGGCUAAAGAAUAGGAAGGGACCGGAGACCUGGUAUGCUAGCAUGGGUACCGAGAUGCACGCGAAUUUGGAGCGCCGACCAGAUGUAAUCCGACGCUCUGCAGUUGCCUGA